AUGGGUGAACAAGCACGACCUAAAAUUCUUUGGGAGUAUGGUGUGCCGGACACUACAAGCGGGUUACCUAGUGAAUGCCCUGUCAACCAUAUUGCCAGUUUCUUGGAGAAGUGUGACAUGAUCAAGAUCAAUAAUGUGAACGAAGAGGCUAUUCAACUACGUCUUUUUCCUUUCUCUCUUCGAGAUAGGGCAAAAGAGUGGUUAAGAGACGAAGGAGUUGGAGCCUUUGACACUUGGGAUAAGUUGGUCAAGGCUUUCUUGGUGAAAUACUUGGGGCAAGAGAAGAGUGUCAAAUUGCAGCAUGAGAUAGCGACUUUUCACCAACCUGAUGAUGAGUCGUUGUAUGAGGCAUGGAGAAGAUUUUUGCGUCUACAAAGGCAAUGCCCUCAUCAUGGGAUCCCUGACUGGAUGUUGAUACAGAACUUCUACAAUGGUAUUACAGGUGACUUUCGUAUCUACAUUGAUGCUGCGUCAGGUGGUUCUCUUAUGUCUAAGAGUCCAGCUGAAGCGAAGGAGUUGAUUGAGAGGAUGGCGGCCAAUGACAAUUACCAUCCAAGUAGCAGACACAGUGCAAACAAGGGAGGCAAAUAUGAUGUAGUUGCGUUAACCUUAUUAACUAACACUGUGCAAUCAUUGUCUCAUAAGUUCGAUCAUUUCCAAGUUGGUCCUUCUAUGGUGGUCACAUGUCAAAUGUGUGGAGUACAACGUCAUGCUGCUAAUGAAUGUCAGUUCAAUAAUGAUGGGAUGUCUAUUGAGCAAGCCAAUGCUCUUUAUAAUUCUAAUCAGAGGCAGCCGUUUGACCCUUAUUCCAACACAUACAAUGAAGGGUGGAAGCAUAAUCCUGCGUUCUCAUACAAGAACACUCAAGCACAGCUCAAUCCACCUCCACCACCUCGCAACAACUUCAAUUCUCCACCAGGAUUUCAAGCUAGGGCACCUUUCAAUCAAGGUGUUAAUCAACAACCUUCUCACCAAAAGACCAACAUGGAACUCAUGAUGGAGAAUUUAAUACAAGAAAUGAAGGCCAAAAUCAAUCGAUGCAACAAUUCCAAGCUCAACUAA